AUGGUCCGCCGAUUCUCCAAGUUCCCUAAAAAGCCCGCCGACUGGGUCGCUCCCUCGGCGCCGCUCGCUGAGCGGAAGCAGGUAUUCCUGCCCAGGUUCACAAUCGCCCUGAUGCGCACGCCCUUCCUUCCUCCCCGCUACGCCUCCUUCUACGUCCCGUUAAACUUCAACAAGCUCGACAUCCGCGACUACCUCCAGCGCGCCUACGGCGUCGGCGUCCUCAGCGUGCGCAGCUAUGUCGAGCAGCAGAAGGUCACUCGUUUGCGGCCGGCGGGCAAGUUCGGAUACGGCAAGUUGCGACGGCCCAUGGCGAAGAAGAAGAUGACCGUUGAGAUGAAGGAGCCGUUUGUGUGGCCUGAGGCGCCGAAGGAUAUGUCUGCCUGGGAACAAGAACAAUUCCACAACACCUCCAAAUACCAAAGCGAUAUGCAGCGCUCCCAGCGCCCCGACGCCGGCAUGGAGCCCAACAAGGACGCACGCAAGGACUACGAAGCCGACGCGAAGAAAUUACUCGAGGGAUCGAAGGCCUGGAGGCCGACCUGGCAGGCGCUGGGACUCAACUAUGACCGCACAACUAUCGGGAAACGGUCAUGAGUUGGGAAGUAGCUAGUUU